AUGGCGUGCGGAAGAAUUUGCAAGCCUUAUGAAGGAGCUUGCGACAGUGCAGGAGCAGGAGUGGAUCAAUCACGACGCACCGAUCCACCCAGUCCAACGAUAUUAUCUCAUACAGUCGGUGUCAAGAAAAAAGAAUGCAUAGGUUCCAACGUCAACGUCGAUCCACGUCAACGCAAGGCCAAGCUCCAGAAGAUGUCAGCAGCACAGCAUGAUCUCCGGUGCGUGCGUGUCCUCCUUGGCCCGGGACGGCACGAGCGCGUCGAUACGACGCCGCUCAGUACCAGUGUUUGGUAA